AAAACGGAAAGCGGUGUUGGUCGGAGAAGUUCAACUAACAGAAGAAGCGUAUCCUUGCAAUAUAAAGCGUCUUUGCACCAUCUUUUAAAGCGCCACUUAAUUGACGAGAUAAGUGAGCAGCUACCUCAACGGCGAUAAAGAACAAAACAAAUGAUAUAAUAUCAUUUACUCAACAACAAAAAUCGCAAGGCCAAAAAAUAAAUCUCUGAAUACAAAUAUCCUUAUUUCAAGAUGCCAAGUAUUCGCACAGAAUCUCUUGUAGAGACUGAGAGUGUGGCAAAAGAUGCUAAAGCCAGCGAUCACCCACGUGUGGUGAUGCUUGGAGCCAGUGGCGUUGGAAAAACUGCUAUUGUUCAGCAGUUCUUUUAUGGCAAAUUUCCUGUAGACCAUAUACCAACGGUUGAAGAAAUGCACAGCACUACCUAUAACAUAUCAGGUUCCACAUUGGCUUUGGAUGUCCUGGAUACCAGUGGGUAUUAUGCAUUCCCUGCUAUGAGAAGACUCGCCAUCAAGACAGGAGACGCCUUCAUUCUGGUGUACGCUAUCGAUGACACAGAAUCAUUCCAUUAUGUAUCAUCUCUUAGAGAUAUGAUCUUAGAAAUCCGCCAAAAAGGAGAGGAUCCCGUUCCUAUUGUGGUUGUCGGUAAUAAGAGUGAUCUUGAAGAUACCAGAGUGGUGUCCAGGGACAUCACAGAGUCUGUCGUCACCAUAGACUGGGAGGUGGGCUUCGUUGAAGCGUCAGCAAAAGAAAACGUAGACAUUGCACUGAUCUUUAAAACCGUCUUGACUCAAGCUCAUAUUUGUUAUGCACUUGGAACCCCUAUGGAACGCCGCAGGAAAUCCUUGCCGAUUCAGUCAACCUAUCCCAAACUGAAAAGAGCAUUGGAACAAAAGAGACACAGUUGCGUCGUUCAAUAAGUUGGUUUCAUUAUUGAACUUUUACAUUUUGGAUGAAUUUAUUAUUAGUUGACUAACAUUUUGAGAAUUAUGUUGUUGUUGUUGUUUCUUUUCGAAUCCAUUUCUGAACUCCUGAUUUCAAGACACUUGAAGGGUUUUUUUGGUUUAUUGUUUGGUCUCUGCAUUUGUCUCAACUCUAUUGCAUAGUAUAGAUGUCUUGUCUGAUCACUUUUACUUGGCAUAAACUAUGGAAGCAAAUAUGCUUUGCUGUCAAUGAUAAACCAAACUCUAUUGCAUAAUAUAGAUGUCUUGUCUGAUCACUUUUACUUGGCAUAAACUAUGGAAGCAAAUAUGCUUUGCUGUCAAUGAUAAACCAAACUCUAUUGCAUGGUAUAGAUGUCUUGUCUGAUCACUUUUACUUGGCAUAAACUAUGGAAGCAAAUAUGCUUUGCUGUCAAUGAUAAACCAAAGUUGUGAAUUAAAUUAUUGUUACAUGUCACUAGUUAGUAGAUGUGAUGAUGUUUGUUCAGAAACAUUCAACUGCUUACAAUUUAUUUAUAUGUCCAAUUUAUGUAUAAUAUGUGUCGUGAACGUUUUGAUACAAUCUUUCGCGUAAGUAACCGAGCUUUUUUUCAGACUAUAACUUGGUUUUAUUUAUAAAUCUUUGCAUUUUAAUGAAUUUAAUGUUAUUUGACUAAAAUUUUGAGAAUGAUGCUUUUUUUCCGAGUCCACUAUUAUAUACUCCCGAUUUCAAUACACUUAAAAUAUUUUUACUUAUUUCCUUUUUCUUUUACUUCAACACUAUUGCAUAAUAUAGAUGUACAGUCUGGUCACUUAUAUUUAGAAUUAACCAUUAAAGAAAAUAGGCUUUAGUGCACGUAAUAAACUAGAAGUUAGAAUUGUGAAUUAAAUUGUUGUUAAAUGUCAUUAGUUAGCAGAUGUAAUGAUUUUUAUUCUGAAACUUUCAACUGUUUACAAUACUUCUUAUAUUCUAAAAACAUCAACUGUUUAUAAUAUGUACAUGCAGUUUAUAUAUAACAUAUGUCAGUGAAGGUUUUGAUACAACAAUCUUUCGCGUAAAUAACUGAGCUUUCUCCAGAUAAUAUUUUCCGGUAAAAUAUGCUUAAAAAUUUUGAAGAAUUUUAACCAUUGUAAGGAAUUUUUCAGAUUUCCUUAACAUUUCAUAACUAUUUGAAAUAAAAUUAAUAUUGGAUUUAGAAUUCAUGAAUGAAAUUCUUAUGGUGAAUAUAGCAGAUUCUUCUUACUAUAAAAGUACGGAUAGUCACUAUAUUAAAAAUAAAAAAAAACUCGCUAAUUGCAGUAUUGAUAGUGGUUGUAACCCCAUAUGGUCUAGCAUAUUUAGUUGAUCCAUGAAUCAAGAAUUCAUACCAAGGCAAUUCAUACCGGAUAGUCACUAUAUUAAUAAUACUUGUUAAAUGCAGUAUUGAUAGUGGUUGUAACCCCAUAUGGUCUAGCAUAUUUAGUUGAUCAUUGAAUCAAGAAUUCAUACCAAGGCUAUUUCUAAGCAAUGAUUCAGAAUUGAAAUUUAAUUUAUUACCGGAUAUGACCCAUUUCCAAGUUUGUUUAUUCAAAUUGACUGAGUCGAAUAAUUGGUAUAAUAACCUACUAUUUCAAAACCCCUUCAAAUGCUCAUAAAAUUCCUUGGCUUCGAAAUUUCCUUAACCUUCCAGCUUCCUAUAACUUCUUUUUUAAAUUAAUUUCCCAUAUCUUUCCAAAUCCUCAUACAACAAGAUUGAAUAACAGUGAUGAUUAGCUGCUUAGAUGCUAAAACCUAAAAAAUUUCAUCAUUACACAAAUGCAAACUCGGGCAGAAAACUGAACUCUACAGAUGAAGAGCCUUGAAUUUAAAUUUCGUUCCGUUAUAAAUAAUUUUUCCAUAAUAUAGUUCAAUUCUUGUUGAAUCAAUGUAAGAUUUUUAUAUUUACAAAAAUUUCUAUUUUAAUCCUCCUUUCUCUAUUCUUCAUUUAACACUCUAUUUGUAAAAUCCCAACUAAACAGUCAAUGAUACUAUUCUCUAUAUAAUAAGCAGAAGUCCCUCAAGAGAAAAGAGAUUUUGUGAAAUUCAACAGUUUUGCUGUUAAAAUUUUUAGAGAUCGCUUGCUCUAAAGACAAUUCCUCUCUUCUAAAUUUCAUUUCAUAUAAUUUUAUAAAACUUCACCCAUUCUUAUUGCAUAAAAUUUAAAAAAUUAAAUAAAUAUUUGCAUGUUCUGUUCACAUCCAUUCCAAAUUAAUUAAAAAGAGGCCUACUCUGUAGGAAUGGGUAUGUUACAUGGUGUAGUAAUCAUAAUAAUCAGAAGCUCGUAACACAGUGUAUAUGGCAUAUGUAUAUGCUCUUUAGAUUGUAUAUGCUCAUCUUCAGUUGGUUAAAACACCCUGGGACAUUUGAGAUCAAGUAGCUCUAAUAUAUGGAAGUAGAUUGCUCUCCUUUUCAAAGAAAGCUAACCUAUAUUUAUUUUUGCUUGAGGGAAACAUUCAGUGGCCAUAUCUAUUGCAUUGAGAGAUUCGUUAUUAAAAUACGUGUCGAUCUAACACUCGAUAAUCAUUGAUAAAUGGUAUCCGACCCCUACCAUUUCUGUAUCUACCCGGUAGCAAGAACCAACCACUAUUCCGGAAGCAUCACGUCCUCCUUUCUGAGGUGCCCCUCACAGGUGGGAGUAUUUAUAUACUUAAAAAAUUUGGAAUGCAGCUGCUGCUACAAUACCUAUGCCUGAGCCGCUUCUGUUCUUCACAUUGUAUUUUAUAUGUGUAGUCACGUGCAAUAUUAAAUAAAUGUUGGUUUCACAUUUUCUGCAAACUUUGCAAUUGUCAUCAUAAGAAAGGUUAUGUUUCGUCCAACUUUCAUGUUCAGCUCAAAUGUAUGAAACUUGUAUUCUAUGAAAAAUGUAAUGUCUUUGUCGUUUUCAACAUUAUAAAAUUAGUCUACUGUAUUGUUUGAUGUCAUUGUAGUGUCAGUUUAAUGUCUUGAAUAGUGUGACUAAAUUUCAUGUUUCAUGCAAUUUUCAGUUUGUUUUUUAA